AUGCUCUACCCAUUGACAAAGAGAAGAUCAGAAGGGGCAAUCCCUAUAGCAGGCAGUUUCAGGAUCAUUGAUGCAGUUGUGAGCAACUGCAUAAACAGUAACAUAAACAAGAUAUAUGCUCUCACACAGUUCAACUCCACUUCUCUCAAUUCUCACCUUUCAAGAGCUUAUACUGGAGCACGCCUUGGGAAAGAGGGAUUUGUCGAAGUAAUUGCAGCUUACAAGAGUCCUGAAGAUGAGACGUGGUUUCAGGGAACUGCUGAUGCUGUAAGAAGAUGUUUGUGGCUACUAGAGGAGUAUCCAAUCAUUGAGUUUCUAGUCCUUCCUGGUCACCAUCUAUAUAGGAUGGACUACCAAAAACUUAUAGAGGCUCAUCGGAACAGCAACGCUGAUGUAACUGUUGCAGUCUUGAGUAGCAGAACGAGAAAUCAGGAUCCGUGUUUGGGUACUUUUAAGGUAAAUUUUGAGAGUGAAGUUACUGAGUUCAUUGAGAAACCAGAAAAAGGACAACUGAAAUCCAUAUCAUUAGAAAGCUCCAUAACAUUGGAUGAUAUUGGCCACAAGAAUUUCCCCAGUAUGGGGAUCCAUGUCAUUAACAGAGAUGUCAUGAUAAAGCUUCUCAAAGAAUAUUUUCCAAAAGCAAAUGACUUGAGGAGUGAAGUAAUACCUGGUGCAAUAGCCCUAGGAAUGAAGGUUCAUGCAUAUCAGUUUGAUGGAUAUUGGGAGGACAUGAGAAGCAUUGCAGCGUUCUACUAUGCCAAUAUGGAAAGCACCAAGAAAACAAAUAUGGCAUUCAACUUCUACGAUGGAGAUUCUCCUGUGUACACUCUGCCUCGGCAUCCACCUCCAACUCUGAUAACUGAUGCUGUGAUUACAGAUUGUGUUAUUGGAGAUGGCUGCAUUCUCAAUAGUUGCAAGAUCGUGAGGACAGUAGUUGGUCUGAAUACAAGGGUUGGAGACGGGGCCAUAAUCGAGGACUCAGUAAUCAUGGGUUCUGACGAUUUUCAUAGUGGUAGUGCUGAAGGCAAGGGCAUGGACAUUCCGAUUGGAAUUGGGGAACGUUCGUACAUAAGGAAGGCUAUAGUAGAUAAGAGUGCAAGGAUUGGCAAACAUGUUAUGAUCAUAAAUAAAGACAAUGUCCAAGAAGGGAAUAAGGAAGCUUAUGGCUACAUCAUCGCGGAAGGGAUAGUGGUAAUUAUACGGAGCGCAGUUAUCCCCGAUGGGAGUAUCAUAUGAACAUCCACCCAAGUUAUUU